CAUGCCAAAAAUGGCCGAAAGGGUUAGCGGCGAAAUGUCAUGAUGAGGAAACAUUGACCAAUUUCUUCUUAUAAAAUCCAGUAUUUUUUGCAUUAAUGCCUAUAAGAAAAGUGUAGUUAGACUAUCCCGGAAUCCAUCCAGAGCUAGACAAUGGUGGAUACUGCAGGAAGUGCAGGGGAAGGGGAAGAUGCGCGUGUACCGACGGUGGAGGAUAUCAAGGAGCAAGGGAAUCAAUGUGUACGUGCUGGGAACUUCAAGGAAGCCAUCCUACACUACACGGAAGCCAUAAAGAUGAACCCGAACGAUGCAACAUUGUACAGCAAUCGUUCACUGGCCUUCCUCAAGGAGAAGCUCUACUACUAUGCAAAUGAAGAUGCCGAGAAGACAAUUCAAUUGCGUCCCGACUGGGCUAAGGGCUACUUCCGACGUGGUGAGGUUCAAACAGCGGCUGGGCACUACGAUACGGCACUCCUCGCCUACGGGAGGGCAUUGCAAUUGCUGCCGAAUGACAUCACAAUCAUCAAUGCAGCCCGGAAGACAGCUGGACUGAGUAGUCACGAAGCGAAAAUGGCAAAGAGACUUCCGUGGAUCUUUGUGGCAGCUGGAGCUCUUCUUGGUGUGAUAAUUUCCCUUGCGGAUAAAUUUCUCGCCGAAGCACCUUCGCUGAAGCAUCCCUUCUUGUCAAUCUUCCUCAUAAUGGUGCUCUCGGGCAUUGGCUAUGGUAGCUAUCGUAUCUAUCGGUAUAUGGUGAAUGCACAGAGGAAGGGAAACCUUGAGGCACCCGUGGAUCUUCUUGAGGGCUUUGAGAAGCAGCAAGAUGAGGCAGAGGAUACGGGUGAAACGGCAGGAGCACCCCGGAAUAGGUAUACAAAAGCCCAAGCAAGACAACGCUUCCGGAAGGGAAAAUCUUCAUGAGCUGUGCAUCUGUACUUUAUUUUUCCAAGGCAUUUCCAAUGCCACACACUGUGCGGGUUUGGGUGAUCCUCGUCUGUUCUCUCCCUGUGCCCUCCCUUCUAAAGAGAAAUACACCAUCUGUGACAACAGAUAAAGGAUUUAACUAAAAUGUAUUUCCUUUUAUUAAAAGAAUUGCAAUUUUGCCAGA